UUUCUGUUCGGAAUAUUAUCAUUGUGGCACAUGACAACAAAAAUACGGAAGUAGAAUCAGCUGACACAACGCUCGUUCUAGCUAGCUGCAUUGUGUUGUUGUUAUCAGCUUCUGACUGUUAUCAGCCUGCACUAUGGAGGAUCAGGAGAUGCAACUGAAAGUUAGACGAGUGACUGAUAAAUUCACGGAGAGCAUGUACGUGCUGGCUAACGAGCCGUCAGUGGCUCUCUACAGGCUGCAGGAACACGUCAGAAGGUCCCUGCCUGAACUGGUGCAACACAAGACGGACAUGCAGAGCUGGGAGGAGCAGAGUCAAGGAGCCAUCUACUCUGUAGAGUACGCAUGCAGUGCCGUGAAGAGCAUGACAAACAGCAGCUUGUAUUUCAAAAACAUUGACGGCCUCCUCCGUCAAGCCAUCAGCAUGAAGGAAAAGAUUAGCAACUCUCAAGGACGCAGCUUACAUGAUGUGACCCCCUCUCCCAGUCCCCUUGUCUCUGCUCCACAUGCCCCUCCCACUUCCUCAUGACCUCUGGACUGAGGUGUCCAAGGAAAAGGACAAUGGACUCAGGCAUGCUGAAGGAAGGGGGAGAAAAGCACAGCUCUGGGAUGUGACGUGACUUCCUGAGUCGGCGGUGUUGCUUCUACAGCCCCCUUGCUCUACUACCUCUUGACUGAGGCUGAAGUGGGGGGUCAUAAGGGUGACACCUCCUCGUCACAAUGGAGAGACUGCUGCCUCCAGUAACCCCCCGGUACAAGCCGCUCAGUGGAACAGAGCACCACAGCGCUGCCAGGUUCAGCAUUAAAAACACUUAAGUCAUGGACGCUGCUCAAAGAAUGCAUUGUUCUCUUGGACUCGCUGGACGGACCAGAGAGAAAAGCAGCCGUGCUGGUUUUGCCUCCGCUUGUUGAAAAUCCACUGCACAGCCAAUGUUUUGGACUCUAGUUUUCAAGUCUUUGUGAGGCUAAAAAGCACCCUGCAUGCAAAUUAAUGUGUGCUUGAAGGCAAUAACAUGUGCCUGUAUUUCAGGAUUAAAUGCACGUACUGUACAGAUUGUGCAACAUGUUCUUAAAGAGAAAAUCCAGAAUCACUCUUUUGUUCCUACCUGCCAAGUAGACCGAAACCCCCAGGCAGAACAGUCCGAUAGCCACGUGUCGUACAGCUCUGCUAUCCAAAAGGAACCAGUCUGCUCUGUCGAAAACAAAUGUCAUAUGUUCAAUGUCAGACAUGUUCACACUUUAACAUUGCUACUUUGAUUUUCCUCAUCAGUGCAUAAAUGAAGAUGACUUUAUGCAACAAUUUCUGCGUUGACAAUUUUCUUUGGUUUCAGUUUAUGCAACUUUUUUGCAACUUUUCUUGGUCCUUGAAUACGUUUGUAAAUCAGAACUAUAAGUCCUAAAACAUUUGCUUAUUAGGGUAUGUUUAAAGCUCAUUAUUAUUCACAUUUUCUUGGAAUGUCCCCUUCUGUCAGUGGGGUCCUGGGCUAUGCUGCUGGAUUUGUAAACCGACGUGGGAAAGGGCCAGCUAGAGGCCGUGUGCUGGGUGCAUAAUGAGAGGAAGGCCAUUGUUUAGACGGGAUUCAUAGAGUUUGAGGGGUGGGGGUCGGUCAGCUAACGUUGCAGCACGGGCCUCUGCACUCUGACACAUAAGGAAGGCCCUUCUUAUACUUCUGAAACUGUGUUGUCUUUUAAUGAAACUUAUUGCAGUCGGCCAGGAUCUGCUGUGGUUUACAGAGAACAGUUAAAGAAGAUUGUGUGGGUACAGGAAGAAACACAUACUAAAUAGAUUAAUAGAUAGGUUAUUUUACGCUCAUCACAGCACUGACUGUGUGACCAGAAAAUAGGAGCCUAUGUAGGAUGCAAUACAAUGACUAUUACCUUUAUGUUUUUGGAAGGCAGUGAUUAAAUUCUGGUUUUAUUUGAAGCUUUACUUUGUGGUGGUUUUGUUUUGUUCUGCCUUUAUAUUUAAAGUUUGCUCAUUUACACACAUAUACCCAAACACACCGCAAACUACAGCCUCAAAAAUCAGAAUAAAGUUGAAUUAACAUCUCUUCAGCAUAGUGUAAAGUAGGAUUUAUUACAGGGUUGUUGUAUUGGAUUGCAUGCAUAGAGGCUUUGUCUUUUGCCAGGCCGCCAUUGUAAAUAAAAAUCUGUUCUUAA